UGCUAUGGUGCGAUUCUCGUAAUCAUGGCUGGGCAGGUCAAACUCCUCCAUCUCCUACCCCUGCUGCGUUUUACCGCCUUCCCUCCAUUUAUCUCCUCUUCUUCCUCCUUUCCCUCCCUAUUCUUGGCGGUUGUUCUAUCUCCCCCACUGUCAACCAUGCCAUCGUCCAACCCUGCCACCACCCUCCUCCCCUUUUCCACCACCCGUCGCGACACCGCUCUAGCCAACCGCACGCCAUGGCCGGCGAUGCCCCGCCAUGGCCUCUGCACUUCCUCACCGCCAUUCUCUCUCUCUUCCGCCUCCAUCCCGCCGACGACCGCCACGUCCUCCUGCAAUUCAAGGACUCUUUCUCCGCCGCCGGAGGAGGCGGCGGCACCCCUGCCGCGCUCGCCUCCUGGGGCGCCGCCGACGACCACCCCUGCGUCCCCAAGCGGUUUGCGUCCUCCUGGGCCGGCGUCUUCUGCGACGACGACGCGCACGUGUCGACGCUCCUGA